GGGCCUCGACGCUUUCUCAGCGCUCAAAGGGGCUAGAGAGCCUUCAAUUUCGCGUGCGAGAGCGGAAGAAACCGGGCCAGUGCCCCGGAAGCAGUCGCUGCAACUUCCGGGAGGGGUUUGUACGCCUUGUGCGGGAGCUACGGGGCCCAGAUACUGUGCUUGAAGUGGUGCACCAAUAUGUCCCGUGGUUCCAGCGCCGGUUUUGAUCGCCACAUUACCAUUUUUUCACCCGAGGGCCGGCUUUACCAAGUAGAAUAUGCUUUUAAAGCUAUUAACCAGGGUGGCCUUACAUCAGUAGCCGUCAGAGGGAAAGACUGUGCAGUAAUUGUUACACAGAAGAAAGUACCUGAUAAGUUAUUGGAUUCCAGCACAGUGACUCACUUAUUCAAGAUAACUGAAAACAUUGGCUGUGUGAUGACAGGAAUGACAGCUGACAGCAGAUCCCAGGUACAGAGGGCACGCUAUGAGGCAGCUAAUUGGAAAUACAAGUAUGGCUAUGAGAUUCCUGUGGACAUGCUGUGUAAAAGAAUUGCUGACAUUUCUCAGGUCUACACACAGAAUGCUGAAAUGAGGCCUCUUGGUUGUUGUAUGAUUUUAAUUGGUAUAGAUGAAGAACAAGGCCCUCAGGUGUACAAGUGUGAUCCUGCAGGUUACUACUGUGGGUUUAAAGCCACUGCGGCAGGAGUUAAACAAACUGAGUCAACCAGCUUCCUUGAAAAAAAAGUGAAGAAGAAAUUUGAUUGGACAUUUGAACAAACAGUAGAAACUGCAAUUACAUGCCUGUCUACUGUUCUGUCAAUUGAUUUCAAACCUUCAGAAAUAGAAGUUGGAGUAGUUACAGUUGAAAAUCCUAAAUUCAGGAUUCUUACAGAAGCAGAGAUUGAUGCUCACCUUGUUGCUCUAGCAGAGAGAGAUUAAACAUUGUUACUAGUUUACCAAAUCCAUGAUGCCACUUGCCUGUGUGUUUGGCAACAACAAAUCAACAUUAUGGAGGCCCCUGGAUUGAGAAAGGAACCUCUCCCACACCUACUGCUGUGAAGUGGUAGGACUCUGUAUAAAUAAAAACAAUCCUUUUGGAAAAUAA